AGACAAUUAACCAAAUACUAGUAGAAUUAGAUAUAUAAUCUUAACAGCUAUAAAUAUAAGUGUGUGUAACUCUGCAAGUACGUUAGAAUUUCAACCAAAUUCAACGAUAUACUUUUCUCUGCUUUAAUUCAACCAAAACCAUGGAAUUGAUCCAAAACCCUAAUCAGAAUAAUCCUACCAUUGAAGAUGAACGUGAAGCAUUCUACAAAGCCUUACCACCUGGCUUCAGAUUCACUCCCUAUGAUAGAGAGCUCAUUCUUUUCUAUCUGAUUCCCAAGAUCAAAGGAGACGUCGUACCCUUGAAUCUCAUGCAUGAAGCUAAUAUCUACAAUUGUCAUCCUCAACAACUCGCUGAAAAUUACGCAGCACAAGGGAAGGGAAAGUGGUAUUUUUUUACACCAAGGGACAAAAAGUACAUGAAUGGAGGUCGUCCUAAUCGAAAGGCCGGGGAUGGAUACUGGAAAGCCACCGGAGCUGAUAAAAAAAUAGUGGAUGAGUCUGGAAUAAUAAUUGGUCAUAAAAGGUCAUUGGUGUACUACGAAGGAAAACCUAAAAAGGGUCAAGGUCACAAGACGAAUUGGAUCAUGUAUGAAUUUGUUGUCAAGGAUAAUCCUUCAAGCACACUUCCUGGUAUGAGGCUGGAUAACGCCGUGCUAUGCAGUAUCCACUAUAACGAUGUCAACUAUAACAAUGUCCACAUCAACAACGACACUAACGUCAUUGUCACUGAAAAUGUCGUCAUCAACAACACAAAUGACUAUGUGUACAAUUAUCCGCAACAACAACAACAACAACAACAAGGCGGCGGUCUUAUGUUUCCCAACACCACUCAGUCGACGCCGUUGGCUCUACCUCCUCCUCCUCCGUCCUCUCUACCACCUUUGCCUGCCUCAGAUUUUCAGUAUGGUAGUACCAGUAACGGUAAUGGACACAUCUGGAAUAAUCAUAGUGGGAAUGGUUUGUAUUCAUCAAUGAUGAAUGAAUACACACCCUCAUCUUCAUCCUCAUCAUCAUUGUUACCUCCUACUAAUCUAAACAUGCAGAUAAUGGAUUCCGCGACGGAGAUGUUUACAGCGUCGCAACCUCUUCGUCAGCCCGAAAACUCAAUGCCGCCACCGCCUGAAACAGCCAACGGAGAUGUCUUGCCACGGAAUUGGACUCAAGAAAAUACUUGUCCUCAACUUGACAAUCAAGUUUUGGCAGAGGAUUGGACUGAAGAAAGUUGUACUGAACUUGUGAAUUAUCUAAUGAGUAUGGAUUAUUAGAUGAUAUACCAAGUAUAAGGUAUUAAGGUACAUUCAAGUAUGUUAAGUUGCCAUUGUUUAUUAGAUGAUAUACGAAGUAUGUUAAGUUGCCAUGGAUUAUUAGAUGAUAUACGAAGUAUAAGGUAUACGAACUUCUUCUUAAUGCCAAGUGUAAGGGUAUUUUUUUUAUUUUUUUUAAAUUCGUAUUCUUAUUAAUAACACCGUUUAUGUUAUUAUUAAAUUAAAUUUAAUUAGACUUAAUUAUACAAUGAUAAAGUGUAAUCAUUUAAUUAGAAAAUAU